CGGGGAAUGAUACCACCUUUCCUAUGGUUAUUUUUAAUCAUUAAACAUGUUCAUUCCGGUUUUACACCAUGUAAUGGAAAAUCACCACUUGGUGGUACAUGUGAUUGGAAUAUUGAUUGUGAGAAUAAAGGAUCAAUAUGUUUACGUGGACGUUGUCGAUGUCAUCCACAUUAUGCACAAAUUAUUGAUGAUAAAGAGGUAAUCCACGUUGUAAACGAU